CGCGCUCUAGUCCGCGCAGGCGCGCGGCGGGCGCUGGCGGAGCGCGGCGCGAGCCAUGGCUCCCCCGAAAGAGAAUGCCAGUUUGCUCUUCAAGUUGUACUGCUUGACAGUGAUGACCCUGGUGGCUGCAACUUACACUGUAGCCUUGCGGUACACAAGGACAAUAGGCCAAGAACUCUACUUUUCCACCACAGCGGUCUGUGUCACCGAAGUUAUCAAGUUAUUUCUCAGCGUGGGCAUUUUAGCUAGGGAAACUGGUAGCAUGGGUAGAUUGAUGACAUCCUUGAAAGAAAACGUCUUAAGAAGCCCGAAGGAAAUGAUAAAGUUAAGUGUUCCGUCUCUUGUGUACGCCGUUCAGAACAACAUGGCUUUCCUAGCCCUUAGCAAUUUGGAUGCAGCUGUGUAUCAGGUGACCUACCAGUUGAAGAUCCCUUGUACAGCUCUAUGCACUGUUCUGAUGCUAAACCGAUCCCUCAGCAAACUACAGUGGUUUUCAGUGUUCAUGCUAUGUGGUGGAGUCACACUUGUUCAGUGGAAACCUGCUCAAGCUACCAAAGUUUUGGUGGAACAGAAUCCAUUGUUAGGGUUUGGUGCCAUAGGUAUUGCUGUACUUUGUUCAGGAUUUGCAGGGGUGUAUUUUGAGAAGGUUUUGAAGAGUUCAGACACUUCCCUGUGGGUGAGAAACAUCCAGAUGUAUUUAUCUGGAAUCAUGGUGACGUUAGUUGUUGUCUAUAUGUCCGACGGACCUGAAGUUACGAAGAAGGGAUUCUUCUAUGGCUACACUUACUACGUUUGGUUUGUCAUCUUUCUUGCCAGUGUUGGAGGGCUGUAUACAUCCGUGGUUGUAAAAUACACAGACAACAUCAUGAAAGGGUUUUCUGCUGCAGCAGCCAUCCUCCUUUCCACCAUUGCCUCAGUCAUGCUGUUUGGAUUACAGAUAACAUUCACUUUUUCUCUGGGCGCCCUUCUCGUGUGCGUUUCUAUUUAUCUUUAUGGAUUACCUAGACAAGAUACAACAACAAUCCAACCUGCAGCCACCAAGACAUCAAAAGAGAGACUCGUUAAUGUGUGAUAUGUGCAAGAAAAGACACUGCUCCUACAAGGGCAAAACACAGCCUUUAACCAGCUCCAAAAGGUAAACUUUUAAAACUGAAUGUAUGGUGUGAAGCCAAAGCUGCAGAAAGCUGAUUUAGGAGUGAAUGCAAAGUUUCCUUCUGACUUCUCUGGAGAGACCUCAUUUUCUUUAAGGUGAACCUGUCUGGGCAGAGCUCACCUGUAUUGUCUGAGGAAACAGAGUGAAGGAAUUCACUAUUGUAUAUAGUGUGUAUAAAAAAUAGGGGGAGAUAAUUUAGUUUUUUGUGUUUUAAAAAAAAAUCACAUGGGCGGUGGCCUUAACACUGUAACAGCAUUUGAACUCUGGUUUUUAAGUGCCAAAGGUAUUUCCUGAUCAGAUCCAGGGCAAAGGAGAGCUUUUUUCUGCAGUGCAAGUAUCUUGUCAUUACUACCCUGGUAUGUUUUACAAAGAAAGUUUGUAGGUGUAAGCAGGACAGUACAACCGACUUCCUGGAGUAAGAUUCCAUUUCAUAACCCUUAAACUCUUUUUGGCAUUGUGCCAUUCUGUAGCAUUGACGUGAGCCAUUAGUAGGCUAUAUUCAAGUUUUUCUUCUUUUAAGGCUAGAUAAUACAGGCACUUUUUAAAAAGUCACUUUUGUACCUUUUUAUAAGAAAUGUGCCCAAUCGUGUAUCUCAUUAGGAACCAUCUUUGAAACUUCAGUGGUUUUUUUGGUCCCCUCCAUCUAUUUGGGAAAUUUAGCAAUAAACUUAAUAUAUUUACAUAA